GUCAGACUUUCAUCUGGCUAAUUUUCUGUUGCAUUUUGAAAAAUACCUCUGAGUUUUCACAUGUCUGCAUCAGAGCGUUGCACAAUUUCUCAACAUGUUUCUCUGGCUGAUACGAACCAACUCGAUUUGAGAGAUCAGGAGAGUGAACAUGUCAACAACCACAACGUCGAAGGAGGUGCAAUUUCGCUGAAAGAGUCCGUAUUUGACUCUGAAAUGGAUACAGCAACCGUUGGGAUUCACGAAAAACAACUUGAUUUUCUUCGAGUGCCACAAGGUCUAUUUCAGAAUGAAGAGGAUGAUAACGAUGACAGUGGAACAGAUUACUGCAACAGUGACAAACCUGGCACACGUCUGCUGAGUGUAGAUCAUGUUGGAAAUGUGGUUCUUCCUAAUAUCUUCCAGACCACUCAACUGUUGUAUUAUGAGAGGUUUAAGGUCUAUCAGGAUUACAUGCUAGGAGACUGCAAGACAUCAGAGGUGAGGGCCUUCACAGCUGACUACCUGGAGAAGGUUGUGGAGCCUUGUGAUUGGCAGGCUUUGUGGUGUACUGAUGUUUUUGAUGUGCUGGUGGAGGUGGUGGAUGUGGACUAUGCAGGGCUGAAGGCCAAAGUGGGGCUGGUGCUCCCCCUGCAGUGUGAGAGGAAGGGCUGUGAGCUGACUGAGGAAGCCAUGAAGGAUCUCUUGGAGGCCACUGAACAUAAAGUGCCACUACAAGAACUCCACGUGGUUUACGAUGAGUCUGGGGACUUCGAUCAAACUGCAUUGGCAGUGGAGCACCUAAGGUUUUUCUACAAGCACAUCUGGAGAAAGUGGGACGAGGAAGAUGAAGAUGAUGACUUUGACUACUUUGUUAGAUGUGUGGAACCUCGCCUCAGGCUGCACUAUGACAUCCUAGAGGACAGAGUACCCGCAGGACUUGUGGCUGAGUACUAUUCCCUUCUGGAGCGCUGCUCAGAGAAGUACCAGGAGUUCUCCAGCCUCCGCAAUGACAUCAACAGUGACUCAGAGUCAGAGUUGGACAACGUCUCCAUGGUGGAGGGGCUUAGGAUGUUCGAGGAGAUAGAGGCUCUGAAGCGCAAGCUCAGGAUCAUUGAGAACCCAUUGCUCAGGCAUGUGCUGGGCUACAGGGUGUACGCGGGCCAUCAGUCGUGCAAGGGAAAGGGUCCUCGCACUUCUGGGGCCAGGGUCGUACAUGUGGUGUCUGCGUCCAUGACUGUGAGCCAGCUGCAGACCCUGAUGAUUGACAAGUUGUGUCCGGAUUUCUCAAAGGAGGAGGUUGAGCUGCAGUUUCACAGUGAUCUCCUGCUGGCUGUGAAUGCGUGCUAUGAGGGAGACACGGUGAUUAUAUGCCCUGGCAUCUACCAUGUGACCGGCUCUAUAAGCAUUCCUGACUCCGUUGAGAUUGAAGGGUUUGGCUUGCCUGACGAAGUGGUGAUUGAGAAGAAAAACAAAGGAGACACCUUCAUAGAGUCAACUGGAGCCAACAUCAAGAUGUCCAACCUGAAGUUCAUUCAGCAUGAUGCCAUCGAGGGCAUCUUUUGUGUCCGUCAGGGGAAACUGGAGAUGGAGAACUGUGUCCUGCAGUGUGAGACGACUGGUGUGAUUGUGCGUACCUCAGCUCAACUCUCAAUGAACAUGUGUGAUCUCUAUGGGUCAAAGGGGGCUGGGGUGGAGAUCUAUCCUGGCAGCAUCUGCAGUCUGAUUGGAAAUGGCAUUCAUCACUGUAAAGAGGGGAUUCUGAUCAAGGACUUUGCAGAUGAACUGGACACUAUACCCCAAAUCACCAUGAUUAACAAUGUGAUCCACAACAAUGAGGGCUACGGGGUGAUCCUUGUGAAACCAGCGGAUAAACCGCAGCAGAGGAAGACUGUAAAGUCACACACUGCAGAUGUGGAAAAAGAAGGAUAUGAAAGUGAUGAGAAGAAUGAAGAGGGCAAAGAAGGCAUGGUCCCCUCCAUUGUAUUGGAGGAGUGUCCCACAGAGAAAAUUCUUACUCCUACACAUAAUGCUGUUCCCCUAGAGGUCACUGAUGGCGGCGAGAAGGACCUGCUGGCUACAUCUGCCAAAAAGAGGCGGUUGCAAAAAGAUGUUGGUGGCAGAAGGUUGCAUGUGAAGGAUCUAGGGGUCACCAGAGAGGAUGAAAACCUGUUCUCACUGGAGAUGUUUGUGUCCAUCCAGGGCAAUCAGUUCAAGAGGAAUGGCAAAGGCAGCAUAGGUACCUUCCAGUACUGAGCAUGUCAC